UGAAAGCGGAGGGCCGGGGCGGGGGGCGGGCGGCCAUCUUGGGAGCCGGCCCGAAGGCGCCAGCCAUCCCCCGGGUCUGAUCCCCAAGCACGCCAUGGGCGGAGGACACUGAGCCGCCACCAUGAUCGGAGGGCUGUUCAUCUACAACCACAAAGGGGAGGUGCUCAUCUCCCGCGUCUACCGGGAUGACAUCGGGCGGAAUGCGGUGGACGCCUUUCGGGUAAACGUGAUCCACGCCCGGCAGCAGGUGCGCUCCCCCGUCACCAACAUCGCCCGCACGAGCUUCUUCCACGUCAAGCGGUCCAACAUCUGGCUGGCCGCCGUCACCAAGCAGAAUGUCAACGCCGCCAUGGUCUUCGAGUUCCUCUACAAGAUGUGCGACGUCAUGGCCGCCUACUUCGGCAAGAUCAGCGAGGAGAACAUCAAGAAUAACUUCGUGCUCAUCUACGAGCUGCUGGACGAGAUCCUGGAUUUUGGCUACCCACAGAAUUCGGAGACGGGGGCCUUGAAAACCUUCAUCACUCAGCAGGGCAUCAAGAGCCAGCAUCAGACAAAGGAGGAGCAGUCCCAGAUCACCAGCCAGGUGACGGGGCAGAUCGGCUGGCGGCGAGAGGGCAUCAAAUAUCGUCGCAACGAGCUCUUCUUGGAUGUGCUGGAGAGCGUCAACCUGCUCAUGUCCCCUCAGGGGCAGGUGCUGAGCGCCCACGUGUCUGGGCGUGUCGUGAUGAAGAGCUAUCUGAGUGGCAUGCCGGAGUGCAAGUUCGGAAUGAACGACAAGAUCGUUAUCGAGAAGCAGGGCAAGGGCACAGCCGACGAGACGGGCAAGAGCGGGAAGCAGUCCAUCGCCAUCGACGACUGCACGUUUCAUCAGUGUGUCCGGCUCAGCAAGUUCGAUUCGGAGCGAAGCAUCAGCUUCAUCCCACCCGAUGGAGAGUUCGAGCUCAUGAGGUACCGGACGACCAAGGACAUCAUCUUGCCUUUCCGCGUGAUUCCGCUGGUUCGGGAGGUGGGCCGCACCAAGCUGGAGGUCAAGGUGGUCAUCAAGUCCAACUUCAAGCCCUCCUUGCUGGCGCAGAAGAUCGAGGUGCGGAUCCCGACGCCGCUGAACACCAGCGGGGUGCAGGUGAUCUGCAUGAAGGGGAAGGCCAAAUACAAAGCCAGUGAAAACGCCAUCGUCUGGAAAAUCAAGCGCAUGGCAGGCAUGAAGGAAUCUCAGAUCAGCGCCGAAAUCGAGCUGCUCCCCACGAACGACAAGAAGAAGUGGGCCCGGCCUCCCAUCUCCAUGAACUUCGAGGUGCCGUUUGCGCCCUCGGGCCUGAAGGUGCGCUACCUGAAGGUGUUCGAGCCGAAGCUGAACUACAGCGACCACGACGUCAUCAAAUGGGUGCGCUACAUCGGCCGCAGCGGCAUCUACGAGACGCGCUGCUAGCCGCCCGCGGCCCGGCCCGGGUGGUCCCCGGGGAGGGGCGGGGGCCCCCCCGACGCCACCGUGUCCCCUCCCCGUCGGUGUCUCCUCCGUACUGCAUCGCUGCACUCCCCCCGCUUCCCCCGACCCCCACACAGCCCCCCUAGACUAGGCCUGGACCUCCCGCCCUCCCCGGAGCAGGACCUGGGGAGCAGUCGUCUCUCCGUCCCGGCCCGUCCGGGCUUCCGUUUUGAGUUUUGCGACCAAAGCCGCGUGCGGGGGGGGCCGUGGGACUGGGCCUGUAGGAGGGGGCUGGAGCCCCUCAUCUCUGCACCCCUCAAAAGGCCAGUAACAUUCCCCCCCCCGCCCCGUCUCCCCCUUCCCUCCCCCCUGCUUCGGGAUAGUGUGAGCUCCAUUUUGUACACGUGUGACUCGUCCAGUUAUCGGCUCAAUAAACCCUGUAGAGCGAA